AUGCAAGUUGGACACAUUCUUCUAGGAAGGCCUUGGCAAUUUGAUCGACGAGUCCAACAUGACAGGUUCACCAACAAGUACUCAUUCAUGUUCCGUCAACAAACAGUCACUCUAUCUCCUUUGUCACCAAAACGAGACUAUGAAGACCAAGUGAGAUUAAAAAAUUUGAGUGAUAAAAAGAACUUGAGUGAGCAAAAGAGUGAGAAAAAACAGAGCCAAAAAGAGAAAACAAUCGAAGCAAGAGAGAGAGAAAAGAAAGAGAAGAGUUCUAUCGAUGAGAAAAAAAUAGAGAGAAAACAAAAUAAUUUGUAUACAAAAAAAAGUGAGAUUACACGAACUUGGCGUACAAAACAACCAAUGCUUUUGUUCGUUUACAUGGAUGCUCUUUUAAACACUAACCAACUUGAUUCUUCACUGCCUAGUGUUGUUGUUUCUGUUUUGCAGGAAUUUGAGGAUGUGUUUCCCAAGGAGGUACCACAUGGUGUGCCACCUAUUCGAGGAAUAGAGCAUCAAAUUGAUUUUAUUCUAGGUGCUUCAAUCCCAAACCGCCCAGCAUAUAGAACUAAUCUUGAUGAAACCAAAGUAAUACAACGACAAGUUGAAGGAUUGAUGACCAAAGGGCAUGUGAGAGAAAGCAUGAGCCCUUGUGCUAUUCCAGUAAUUCUCGUUCCUAAGAAGGAUAGAACAUGGAGGAUGUGUGUUGACUGUCGAGCCAUCAACAACAUAACGGUAAAAUAUCGACAUCCCAUUCCUCAUUUAGAUGAUAUGUUAGAUGAGUUGCAUGGUUCUUGUGUGUUUUCUAAGAUUGAUCUUAAGAGUGGGUAUCAUCAAAUACGUAUGAAAGAAGGAGAUGAGUGGAAAACUGCAUUUAAAACUAAACAUGGAUUGUAUGAAUGGAGGUUUAUGAAGGAUUUCAGCACCAUCGCAGCACUGCUUGCAGAUGUUAUCAAAAAGAAUGUUGCUUUUGAAUGGGGUGAAGCACAAGAGGAGGCAUUUCAACUGCUUAAACACAAGCUUACUCACGCCCCAGUACUCGCUUUACCUAAUUUUUCUAACACAUUUGAAAUUGAAUGUGAUGCUUCUGGUAUAGGUAUUGGCACUGCUCUUAUGUAG